CACGGCAUCGUGUGGUCAUGACGUCAGCACACACCUGGUUCGACCUGUCAGUCUAGUUAUCUCUUAUGAUUGUGCUGUCGGUAUGGUAGUGCUGGCAUUGUCUUGUGUCGUCGGCAUUGUUGCCUUUCAGGACAGAUUCUAAGAUGUGUUUUCAGGAAACCAGGAGGAUAUUAGGAAGACACAUCCAGUGGCUGUUGUGUGCAUCUGUUGCGGUGAAUAUGAUGCUGCUGCUGUUUGUGAUGUUUCACCAGCCUGAAGCAGGUUUUCCAACACUAAGAGGACAUCAUCCCAUCAAUCCAGAGCUGAUGGACAAAAGAGGUCUCCCGGCCAUCCUUGUAGAAAAAGUUCCCAAGUCACACACUGUGACAACAGACAGCAACACAAGGAGAGAGAAGGACCUGAAAGAUAACAAAGAAUGGGAGAAAGUGCAGCAAGUUCCAACCGAGAAGCCAACCUGGUCAUACAACAAGACAGCAGCUGAUGUUUUCAGGAAGGAGCUAGAGGCUAUCUGCAAUACAAAAGAUGAUUUCAUCGUCACAAAGGAGAACUUCCCAUUGGGGAGUGUCAUACAGUACGAUGCAGAGAGACACAGCAGGUUGAACGUCACCAACGAUGUGUGGAAACGUUUUCCCGAGAGUUCACCUUUUCGACACAUGAAGCACUCGCGGUGCAGCGUGGUUGGAAACAGUGGGCUUCUGAAGAACAGUAACUGUGGGAAAGAGAUAGACUCAGCCAACUUUGUUUUCCGUUGCAAUAUGGCCCCAAUUGAUGGAGAUCACAUCGCUGAAGUGGGAAGCAAGACUGACCUUAUCACUGCAAACCCGACUAUCAUUCGAGAUAAGUACAAAAAUCUUCGGAACCAUACAAUGAAGGAAAAGUUCAUCAAAGAUACCUCCGUUUAUGGGAAAUCUUACAUUUGGAUGACACCUUUUGCAUACAAGAUGUGUACAUCAUACACCUUCAAAGCCCAGCAAGUAUUGAAGGAACUUAAAUCUGACAAUGAAAUAAUAUUUGCAAACCCAGUAUUCAUGGGCAAGAUAAAUGGGUACUGGAAAAAGAAGGGAGUCAAGGCAUGGAGAGCAUCUACAGGUCUGUUCCUGGUCAGUGCUGCUCUAAGUAUGUGUGAGGAAGUGUACCUUUAUGGAUUCUGGCCUUGGCACUUAGACAGGAUCGGGAACAACCUUACUCAGCAUUAUUAUGACAACCACCCUGUGCACAAAGCUCACAAACUUCCAGAUGAAUUCAAACAACACCAAAGACUUCACAAUGAGGGAGUUUUGCACAUAACUACAAACAAAUGUCCGUGAUGCUGCACGCGCAACUGCAACUAGGAUACUCAUAAUAAUAAAUUAAAGCCUUAUAAUCUUGUCGGGACAACAGCACAGACACAUGAUCAAUUUCCAAACGUUUCAGACAGCACCUGUGACUCGAGGAACAUUUGGAUCUAACGUAACCAGCUUUUAAAACACGAUUCUGGUUCCAUAUGUUAAUGAGGUGAAGACAAUUUUAAUAUGGAUUAAUGGAGGACGAAUUCACGACA